GUUUCUAAAGCUGACCGACCCUUUUGUUCAUGAAUACAAAUAUUAUCUUUCCUUUUUUGUUCUCUCCUUACGGAAACAUAAUCUCUGCCAACCUGUCUUAAACCCUUAUUUAAAGCUCCUCUCCUCUCUUGCCUUCUCCUCACAAAUCUCUCAAACUUCUUUACCUAAUCACAACUAAAAGCCUCCUCCUUUUCUCUAUACUCUCUUGGUUCCAUCUCUAGGACGUGACGUGUACAGAUAUGGCUGCGGAGGGAGGUGUUCAUUGUGCUCGCCAAGUCUCUGAGGCUUUUGUGGAAAAGUACUAUCAUCUUGUGGGGACGACGACUCAUGCAGCUCAUAAGUUUUAUGGAAAUGAUAGCCUUGUCACCAGACCAGGACCUGAUGGUACUAUCAUGUCUUUUCCAUCCCUCGAGGCUAUCAAGAAGCACUACCUUUCCUCUUACUAUGAUGGUACUACAUUCGAUGUGGUCAGUGUUGAUACUCAGAGUUCGGUGGGAGAUGGAAUAUUCAUCAUGGUUAUUGGUUUCUUGACUGGUAAAGAUAACCUCAAGAGGAAGUUUUCCCAAGGGUUCUAUCUUGCACGUCAGAACCGUAACUAUGUUGUCUCCAAUGACAUUCAUCGUUUUGUGGAUGAAGAGGGUUCCACUCCAAGAGCUCUUCCAGCUGCUGUAUUUGGUACGUUUGCCAAGUCUUGUCCACAAGUUACAAAGCCAGUUGAAGAGAUGAAAAAGACUGGGCAGGUCCACAAAGCCACCAAGAAAAAGUCUGUUAAUGCUGCUGAGGUUAAGAAGGUGGUUGCUCCUGAAAAAGCUGUUGUAACUGCUCAAAAACCUAAAGAGCCAGUUGCUGAAACAGCUGCUACUCCUCCGCUUGAUGGAGCCAAGAAAUCUUAUGCUUCCAUGGUUCUAUCCAUGUUGAGAAACGCUGCUCCUCUUCAAGUUAAAGCAGCCCCGGUUCAGAAACCUAGUACCGUGGCACAACCCAAACCCCAUGUAGCUCCACCACCUGUACAGAAAAGUGACCAGAAGAUGGUUGAUGAACCAGGGACUUCCAUAUUUGUGUCGAAUCUGCCAAUGGAUGCAAGGCCUCUUCAAGUCUAUGAACUGUUCAAAGGUUUUGGCGCUCUCAAAGGAAAUGGAGUUCAAAUCAGAAGCUCCAGGGCUAGUGGAAGUUCCUUUGCCUUUGUUGCCUUUGAAUCUGUUGCAUCCGUACAGAGUGUACUUAAGGCUGCCAAGAGCAAUCAGUUCAAUCUUGGGGAGCAUAGGCUUCGUGUUAAGGAAAAGCAAGUUGAGUAUAAUAGUAGCAAACCGUCUGGUGGGAGAAGUGAAGGUGAAAGCAUGAGUCAGAGUGGUUCUGUAGAUGGAAGCAAGACUCAGAGUGGCUCUGUAGAUGGAAACAAGACUGUGAAUGUAUCUGUAGGAGGCGAAGAAGAUGAUGGCUUUAAGGUGGUCAGAAGCCGUAGGAACAGAAGUGGGAAGAGGAGACAAGAAUAGCCAAAGAAUCACUAAAGAAGGAGCUGCUAAGGUUAAAGCUUGGUGCUCUCUGCAAACACCAGUACAAGAACAGUUACAGUUUCUUAGAAAAGUUGAUUGUUUGAAGAGAUAAGGGAAGAGUUUGCAACUUGAAAAUAUUCCGGCAUUACAGUUCACAUCUCUUUACUUUUUUUUUUAAG